AUCGAAGUGUCCGGGCGGGGACUGUCAGGGAGCCAAGUUUCCGCUCUCAAACCGAAUUGCGUGUUGUUUUUAAAUUUUAAGUGAAGUGUUGUGUGUCUGUCUCGUCGUUUUCUGUCUUCAUUGUGAUGUUCAACACCAGUGCCCAGAAUUGGUUUGGCAUGGGCCAGACAUCGGGGGCUCCGGCCGGCGGUGUUGCCCAGUUGCUCAACAACAACAACUCGGGUGUGUACCAGUCCCAGCAGACGGCACCGCAUCCCUUUAUGCGCCAGCGAUCGCUGACCAGUUCCAAUCCCGCCCUGGAGCGCUCCACUGCGAUGGCCCUAAGGCCACAGUCGCCGCCGAAUGUUCAGGUGGAGUACGAAGUGGCGGUGCCCUUUGUCUCCACAUAUCGACACACUCCAUAUCACUCGCUAUGGGAUCUGCACCAGUGCUCAUCUACACCCCCCACAAGCCUUUCGCACAUGGCCCGGAUGAUGGACUCCCUGAUCCUGGACUCACUGUCGCCAUUUGGCUUUACCAAGAUCACGGCCACCAGUCGACCCUCUCGAAAUGCCAACGGCAUGAAAAAACCUUCCGCUGAUGGUGUCCUCUCCUCGCCCGCGGAUCGUCAGAACCGACCGAUUAACAAUCUCGGCGCUAAUGCUCCUGGAGGAUUGGGCAUCGGCGGAAGUGUUCCACUGCGCAGCAAGCAGCGGCUGCCCACUCAAGUCUCUGCCGCAGAAGUAGCCCCACAACCGCGUCCAAGCCAGACGGCCCAGAUGCCGUUCCCCUCGCAGCAACAGGACAAUCGGUGGGUAUCCUCCCUGAGGCGUCGCGAUCCCGAGCUCCAGCCCACACUGCCCUCCAUCAGCAGUAAUGCAAACAGCAGCAGCCUUAGCCAGAGUCAUCAUGGUAGUGCCGGAAAUGUGGGUCUGGCGGGCGGUGGGGGACCAAUUCCCACUACCAGUGUGGGAAAUAUGAGGCUGGGAAGACCAGGAAGGGCAUCCGCCUUGACUGCCGCUGUAAGGAAGAGUCGAUCCGUGGAGCGAAUGCGGGCAAGAAAACUGAGCACCAACACCCAGCUAACCCUGAAGCACAAGCCGGUUAAGAAGAACUCACUCGAUGAGAACUCCAACUCGGAUGACCAGGAUGCCACCACAUCUCUGGAGGAUAACUCGCAGGCCCAGUCCCUGUCUACCAGUCACAAUACGCCCAAGUGCUCGCCGAAGACCAAGGUCAAGCACUUCUCUCCCCUCGGCUACGAGGGUCACUUGGUGGACACUCUCGAGAAGGACAUUUUGCAGAGGCAUCCGUGCAUCAAAUGGACGGAUGUGGCUGGGCUCAACGAGGCCAAGACAAUACUCCAGGAAGCAGUGGUGCUUCCGGUCAUAAUGCCGGAAUUCUUUAAGGGAAUCCGGCGGCCGUGGCGAGGAGUGCUGAUGGUGGGUCCACCGGGAACCGGAAAGACCAUGCUGGCCAAGGCUGUGGCCACCGAGUGUGGCACUACCUUCUUCAACGUGUCGUCCUCGACGCUAACAUCCAAGUACCGGGGCGAGAGCGAGAAGCUGGUGCGUCUGCUUUUCGAGAUGGCUCGCUUCUAUGCCCCCAGCACGAUCUUCAUUGACGAGAUCGAUGCUCUGUGUGCCUCCAGGGGUAGCGAUUCGGAGCAUGAGGCCAGUCGUCGGUUUAAGGCUGAGCUGCUCAUCCAAAUGGACGGACUCAAUGCGAGCAUGCAGGAGGAGAAGGUGAUUAUGGUGCUGGCAGCCACCAAUCAUCCGUGGGACAUUGACGAGGCGUUCCGCAGACGCUUUGAAAAGCGGAUUUACAUACCAUUGCCGAACGAGGACACCCGUUCGGCCCUGCUCAAGCUCUGCCUUAAGGAUGUCUGCCUGUCGCCCAACUUGAACACCGGACUGAUUGGCGAUGAGCUCCAGGGGUACUCCGGAUCGGACAUCAGCAACGUUUGCCGUGACGCCUCCAUGAUGGCCAUGCGCCGCCUUAUCUCGGGCCGCACUCCAGAUCAAAUCAAGCAGAUCCGGCGCGAGGAGGUGGACCUGCCCAUCACACUGCAGGACUUUCAGGAUGCAAGGCAGCGCACCAAGAAGUCCGUGUCCGCGGACGAUGUGGCCCGCUUCGAGAAGUGGAUGGAGGAGUACGGGUCCUGCUAGUUGUACGGGCUGCUGGCCCAGCACCCACGAUGAUUGUAUCCCUUGCGUACUUCCAAGCCUCAAUUGCAAUACUUUUCAAUCUGUAAAAAUCGUACUCGUUAGUCGUAAAAAGUAAAGUUUUUGUUUUA